GCUAUGUAGGUGUGGGGAGCCGCAGUAAUCCACGGCUCCGCAAAGCAAAACCAAACAAUUAUCAUCUCCACCUCCUCUGUGAAAGACAAAACAAAUAUAGGUUAACACGUGUCUAUGCAACACCACCAUGAGCUUUCGCUGUCUCGGCCUUGGGGUAACCCCGAAUUCUCUUCGCGCGAACAAAUUGCUAACAUAGUCAAGGCGACAGCAUGCCAUUCGAAGGAUACGUAGGAUUCUAGAGUGCUUUUUUUUUACCCAAGAACAGCUAAUAAAGUAGGAAACACACGAGGUUUAUAAGAAAUCCUCCACCGAUAAGAUCCGAAGAACCUAUAUUUCCGCACUUAUUCCGACUCCGUCAAAACCCCUUCCAUCGCCCGCCAAAGCAUAAAAAGACCUUCAAGUUGAUAUCAAAGAGUGCGCUGAUCCACAUCAUCUCACUUACAAGAUCUGAAAACAAUGUCUUCAUUUAUCCUCCGUGACAUCCGCAUCUUCACGGGCGAGACCGUCCUAGAAAAUGCCUAUGUCCACAUCGUCUCUGGCAAAAUCGCCUCCCUAGGCCCCAUCACCACCAUCCCCUCCACGACCUCUGAGAAGAUCUACUCCAAACCAAACCACACCCUCCUCCCAGGCCUCAUUGACUGCCAUGUGCAUGUGGGCUCCGGAGCAUCCCACGCCCUCCCCCAAUUCCUCCGCUUCGGCGUGACCACCGUCUGCGAAAUGCACAGCGAACUCGAACACGUGCAAGCCCGCCACAAGCAAACCCUCCUCCCAAACACCGCCCGCUACAAAACCGCAGGACAGUCCGCAACCAUCGAAAACGGCUGGCCGAUCCCCGUCAUCACCGCCCACGAUAAAUCCCCCGAGACGGCCGCCGACAUCGCCACCUGGCCCAAACUCACGGACCACGACAGCGUCGUCGCAUAUCUUGACUGGAACAUCCGCGAAAUGAAGCCGAAUUAUAUCAAGCUUAUGCACGAGUCUGGCUUGAGCAUGAAUAUGCCGCUCACGAAGCCCUCUCUCACCCUCCAGCGCACCAUCGUGAAUGAAGCACGGAGCCGCGGUCUCCUGACCGUUGCGCACGCCACCAGUCUGAAGGAUACCCUCGAGGUCCUCGAAGCGGGUGUGAAUGGGCUUGCUCAUACGUUCUGUGAUCAACCGCCAACAAAGGAAGUUGUGGACGCGUAUCGCAAGGGAAACGCGUGGUGUAAUCCCACGUUGGCGACACUAGGGAGUCUAACGGGCGAAGGGCGAGAAUUGCAGGAGAAAUUCGCACAUGAUGGACGGGUGCAGCAUCUAUUGGGGAAAGAGGAUGUACAGCAUGUGUGCGAGUGUAUGGGGUUUGCUAAGGAGAAAGGAAAAGUGGAUUUUGCGUAUCAGAGCGUACGUAUGCUUCGUGAGGCUGGGAUUGAUAUCCUCUGCGGCUCCGACGCAGCAGGACCCGCAAUCGGCACCGCCUUCGGUCUGACCAUGCACCACGAGCUCUCCCUCUUCGUCCAUGAAAUCGGCAUGUCACCCAUCGAAGCACUCACCUCCGCCACCAGCAAAGUAGCAUCCCGUUUCGGCUUCAAAGAUAUUGGGAAGAUCGAGCAGGGGUAUCUUGCGGAUUUGCUGCUUGUGGAAGGGAAUCCCAUCGAUGACAUCGACAAGACGUUGGAGAUUCGGGGUGUGUGGAGGGAGGGGGCUUUGUGUGAUAGGUAUGAGGGAGUUUUUGAGGGGUGAGGCAUUUUAAGGAAAUUGAUGUGUUGGAGACUGUAGGUUGUGGUGUUUUCUUCGUGUU